CAUGAGAAAGUACAUAUCACAGGUAACCGAGUUCAAAUUAAAGCGUAGUCUACUGCCUAACAACGUGCGCACAUUGACCUCACCUCCACAUUUCGCGCCAGCACGCCGCGUGUGUAUCAGAUUCAGAAUCAGAACUGCGUCGAGCUUCACAAAGCGCGGAACAGCAUUAAACAGUGAAAUCCCACACUAAAAGACCCAGACAAAAAUGACAUCUAAAAAGCAGAGUUUACUGAGAGAGGCGUCUCAUCAAAUCAUUGCAGGUGGAUCAGCAGGUCUUGUGGAGAUUUGCUUGAUGCACCCACUGGAUGUUGUAAAGACCAGGUUUCAAAUCCAAAGAGGAAAGAGCGACCCAAAUAGCUAUAAAGGUCUUGGGGACUGCUUCAGAACUAUAUUUCGCAAUGAGAGACUCUACGGCUUCUACAAGGGAAUCCUUCCCCCCAUUUUGGCCGAGACCCCAAAGAGAGCAGUGAAGUUCUUCACCUUCGAGCAGUACAAGAAGCUCUUGAGUUUUACUCCGUUAUCACCAGGCACGGCCCUCUCUGUGGCUGGCCUGGGGUCAGGACUAACCGAGGCACUGGUUGUAAAUCCAUUUGAAGUAGUGAAAGUGAGCCUACAGGCCAACAGGGAUUCGUUCAAAGUGCAACCCUCGACAUUUGCACAAGCUCGAAGUAUUAUAAACGCAGAUGGCUUUGGACUCCGUGGGCUUAAUAAGGGUCUCACCUCCACUCUGGGCCGACACGGUGUCUUCAACAUGAUAUAUUUCGGUUUCUACUUUAAUGUUAAAGACGCAAUCCCUGCCAGUCAGGACCAUCGACUGGAGUUCAUGAGGAAGUUUGCUAUCGGUUUAGUUUCGGGUACCGUGUCGUCCUGUGUGAACAUUCCGUUUGAUGUAGCUAAAAGUCGUAUCCAGGGUCCACAGCCUGUUCCGGGGCAGAUCAAAUACCGCACUUGCUUUCAGACCAUGAGCGUUGUGUACCGUGAGGAGGGAUAUCUUGCCUUAUACAAAGGACUGAUUCCCAAGAUAAUGAGACUUGGACCAGGAGGUGCAGUCAUGCUGCUUGUUUAUGAAUAUGUGUCUGCAUGGCUACAGAAGAACUGGUGAUGAUCUUCACACCGUCAGUAGUUCCCCAGGGGUCUGUACUCAACCCUCCCCACAUUCUAUAUAAAAAAGUAUAACCCUUCCCAAAUAAUCACAUCAUCUUUCACAUUUCAAGAUCAGUUACAUUUCCGCCGACAAGUGACAAUAUCCACUGCGGUUUUCUCACUUAACAUCAAUUUUCAGUGGCGUUCAGGCAUGAAUAAUUAUGUAGGCUUUCCACCACUGUCGCUUUUCAACAGCACAAUCACCUUCCUGGAUCUGCUACGUUUCAUGUUUAUGUUUGACAGAACCAAGAGAUAUUUCAGAGCUACCCGUCCACAUGCCUUCAUACUUAACAGCAACACUCCACACCCAAACGGAUUACCUUUACCAACACAAAAUAGAGGAAAAAGAUUCAGCAUGUUGUUUUUAACAUAAACCCAUUUCCGUUUAAAUACUUUUUCAAAUACGGUAAAUUAAGCGACGCAUUUACAGCAUCUUUAGAUGGACAUCUCAGGACUUUUACUGUAUUAAAACUUUUAUUAGGUUUGACUUUUCAUGUGGGAUUGGUAAGACUGGAGUAUCUGAUAUGCUUGAUGUCUCACAACAAUAGAUUUAACAGUGUUGAAGGUGUUGCAAAUACAUUUGCACUUCCGUUUAGUCUGAAAUUAUUUAUUGAUUUAUAAAUUUCACUUAAAAAUUUAAGUUUGAUCAACUUGGAUUAACUAGUCAUUUUAACUGCAUUGACUAAAGAUGCGUUAUAAAAUAAAGUUGACAUAACUAAAGCAAAUUCAUCUAGAUUUUUUUUUAAGUUACAGCAACUUUUCAGGAUAGUUGAAUGACUCCUUGUUGAUUAAACUUAAAAAUUUAAGUUCAACAUUUUUUUUACAGUGUAUGAGCUAAAGAGGUAAGAGUUAGUUAUAUAUUAACCAUUAUACAUUAGCCGAGAAAUCUUGGCUUUUUAAAUUUGGGGAUUUCAACAUAUAAAGACACAAUGACAGUAAACCGACAAAUUUUAAGGAUCCUCUUUGCAAAAAUACUUUACAUUUAUUAAUGAAACCGUUUACAUAUCAAAUAGUAUUUUCCUAACGUCAUGUAACAGUUGUUUUUUGCUAAUAAAUGAUCCUGAACUGUGUGAUACAUCAAUGAAAUUGUUUGUAUGUGCAUUUGGAAAUAAAACCAGCUUACUGUCAAAACACAAUUUAAAUG